UCACGUCGUAUAGACCCGGCAACCGGGCUUGUUUAAUUUUAGAGGUUAGGUGUCGCAAUCAGUUCCGUUUCCUCUUACAGAUUGUGUAUUUUUCUGUUAGUAAUUUCAUAUAGUGUCUUAUUGGUGACGUUGGCUGGGUCAUAUAAUCUCCAGUUCCUUACUAUUGUAAGGUGACGCUCGUACUGAAUGCUAGGAUCUACAACAGCCUCAUUAUUAGGCCUAUUGAAUAGGUGGUGAAGCAAGAAAUUUUUCGACCUUGGUUCACCAACUCACCAACACACACCAUGUCGUCAAAGCGGGUGUGCAUAACGGCAACGGCCCGGUUGAAACAGGAUUAUCUACGAAUAAUGCGAGAUCCGGUGCCAUACGUUACGGCUCUGCCUCUACCGUCAAAUAUUCUUGAGUGGAGGUAUAUUGUGUUUGGGCCAGAAAAUACACCAUAUGAAGGGGGAAUAUAUCAUGGCAAGCUCGUAUUUCCAAGUGAAUUCCCUUUCAAGCCCCCCAGCAUAUACAUGAUCACACCAAAUGGCCGAUUUAAAACAAACACAAGGUUGUGUUUGUCGAUCAGUGACUUUCAUCCGGAUACGUGGAACCCUGCCUGGUCGGUCUCGACAAUAUUGACAGGGUUGUUGAGCUUCAUGGUUGAAACCAGCCAAACUCUAGGUAGUAUAGAGACAUCAGAAUAUGAGAAACGAAGACUAGCUGCCCAUAGUGGAACAUUUAAUCUGAAGGACAAAGUCUUUACCGAACUGUUCCAAGAAAUUGCUGAGGAAAUCCGAGGGAAAAUUGAGAAGCAGAGAGAACAGGAAGCGAUUGAUCAGCAGCAGCAGAAGGGUUUGACCUCUAACA